AUGUCCGAAAACGUGCCGGAAUUGAAACGGUUGGCAGUUUUCAAAACAAAGCUGCCGCCUUGCUGCCUAAGAAUAUACGAGAAUGUGGUUUAUAUAGGAACGUACAAACUAGUAGAAGGAGAUAACAGGUAUGGAUCAAUAGAAGUGUGGAAAUUCAACGAGCAACAGGACGAUUUUAUAAAAGUUAGAGAGUAUCCGACGAAAGGCGCCAUUCUCGAUCUCAAGUUGGACCCAUUUGAAAAAGGCAUUCUGUGCAGUUGUCAUUCACGUGGAAACCUCAUAUUUUGGAAAAUAGACGCCGAGGAUCCAACAAUGCUUACAAAAUUGCACGAUCGCCAGGUGUACGACCCGAAAAUCCUCAUCACAGCGAUCAAUUACCACAAGCAGAUACCACAUAAGAUGGUGGUAACGACAACUUCUGGUCUUUGCUCGAUUUAUGAUGAAGAAACCGACGAAUCCACGGAUUUCGCAACGUCGCACGACUUGGAGUGUUGGUAUGCCGAUUUUUGCUCCCAGCCAGGCCUCGAGCAGCUUACCAUCUCCGGCGGAGAUGACGGAAAGAUGAUUAUUCACGAUAUGCGAGAUCCAGACUCCGUUGUGUGCUCCAACGGCACAUUUCACCAGGCAGGAGUCGUUUCAGUUCUUGCAUCGUCAAAAGAUUGGCUUGCAUCCUCACCGUACACGAUAUGGACCGGCUCCUAUGACGACCACGUGCGGUCGAUCGACCUCAGGUACAUAGAGGGAGACGCCGGUUCUGUCGGUUGUGCAUACCCGAAAAUAAAGCAAAAACUAGAUCUGCACGGUGGAGUGUGGAAGCUGAUCCCAAGUCCGGCCGGAAAUUCAGACAACAGAGUGCUCACGUGCUGCAUGUACGACGGUGCACGGAUGUUGGGCUACGACGCGGACUCCGGCGCCGGUAUCACGGUCAAGAACUACUUCAAGAAAGAUCACAGCUCGAUUUGCUAUGGAGGCGACUGGAAAAACGACCUUGUGGUCACGUGCAGCUUCUAUGACAACGUUGUGCAGGCCUGGCGAUCUUAG